AUGGACAAGCCCGCGGCGAAGCAGCUCUUCGGCGAUGCCGGGCUCACCUGCCCCGAGGGCCGCGUGAUGCGCCGCGCCGAUAUAGCCGCCGGCGCCGCAGGCGACCCGCCCUACGUGAUUAAGCCACUCGACCAGGGCUCCAGCGUGGGCGUCCAGCUCGUCUUCAGCGGCGACAACGCGGUGCUGCCCAACGGCGAUUGGCCCUUUGGCGAUCAGCCCGGCACGCUCAAGAGCGUGGGCGAUGGCAUCAGAGCGGGCUUCGUCUCGGCGACGGCAGACGCGGGCAUGACGGUGCAGCGCAUCCACACCGAGGGCCAGAACCAAUCGUCGCCCGACGCAAUCCACGCUGCCGUGGGUAUCGAUUUCGGCACGCCCAUCUUCGACGUGGAUCUGGCCGCCGCGCGCGACCGUAUUCAGGCCAUCGGCUGGGUCGAGAGCGUGACCGUCGAACGCCAUCUGCCGUCCACGAUCCAUGUGCGCAUUGUCGAGCGCACGCCGGUAGCGCUGUGGCAGCGCAAUCAACGAUUGGUCAUGGUCGACCGCGCCGGCGCGGAAAUCGCCGCCGAAUCAGUCGCUCACCCUCGACAUCGGCACGACCAAGGUGGCUGCCUCGUCGCCCACCGCGAUGCCGAAGGCACGCUUGCCGUCGCCGGCAGCGGUCAGGAGGUUGCCGCCGGCAUGCACGCCGGCCGCGUCGUCGACAUGGUGGCGGCGGAGGGUGCGAUCCGUACCGCUGUCCACCGCGCGGAACGGAUGGCUGGCGAGACCGUGCGCAGCGUCUUCGUCGGCACCUCAGGCGGAGGGCCGAGCUCAAGUUUCGCCGAUGUCGAGGUCGGCAUCGGCGGCCGCGAGAUCGCGGAGCGCCACAUUCAGCGUGCGUUCGACCAGUUGCAGCUGUCGGACGACGGGCGCGAGCGCGACAUCCUGCACGCCGUGCCCAUCGACUACGCCCUCGACGGAGCGCCGGGCAUCAGGGAUCCGCGCGGCAUGUACGGCGAGAGCCUCCAGGUUCGUCUGCAUGUGGUGAGCGUUCCGAACGGUAGUUUGCGCAAUCUGCUCACCUGCGUCUCCCACUGCGAUCUGCAGGUCGCUGCACCCGUGGCGACCGCCUACGCCUCGGGCCUCGCAUGCCUGGUCUCCGACGAGAUCGAUCUUGGCGCCACCUGCAUCGACAUCGGCGGCGGCACGACCAAGCUCGCCAUCUUCAGUGGCGGCAAUCUGGUGUGGACGGAGACCCUCCCCAUCGGCGGGGAUCACGUCACCAAUGACAUCGCGCAGGGACUAUCGACACCGAUCGCGAGCGCGGAGCGCAUGAAGCGCCUCCAUGGGAGCCCGGCGGACGAGACGGCGGACGCAAACGAAACCAUCGAGGUGCCGGAGAUCGGGCCUGAGAACGGCCACUCCGGCGCUGCCCACCAUGUGCCGCGCCCCAUGCUCACGCGGAUCGUGCGUGCCCGCCUCGAAGAGAUCUUCGAGUUCGCCCGCGCCCGAAUCGAAGCGAGCGGGCUCGACAGGUGGUCGGGGAACCGCGUCGUCAUCAGCGGCGGCGCGAGCCAGACCUCUGAUCUCGCCGACCUCGCCGGCCGAAUCCUCGACAAGCAGGUCCGGUUGGCCCGCCCACUCUCCCUGCCCGGUCUGGCGCAAGCCGUCUCGGGCCCCGAAUUCGCGACCUGCGCCGGCCUGCUCGUCUAUGCGGCGCGAAAGCACGCAGAGCCAUGGGCCGUGCCUGCGCGCGACGACGCUGCCGGGCCCUUCACCAAGACUCUCGCGCGCCUCGGCCAGUGGCUGAGGGGCAAUCUCUGGGAACACACGGAUCAACGAACACCGUAG